AUGAAAGACAAUGAGUAUGAUAAAAAUGAUAUAUUGGUCCAGAAUAUAGCUAGCUAUUGUGCGGACACUGCUCUGGCCCUGAUGAGAUCUACUGAUCCUUCCAAAUUCGAGAAUAAUAAUGAUAUAAAGACAGGCUUAGUAAGUGGAAUAAUAACAGAUAAUAUCAAGAUUAUAGGGGAUUUUCUAUAUUUAGAUACGGAAGAGUCUGGGCUGUAUAACUCCUUUGUUAUCCAAGUGUCAAUGCCAAAAGGGACUGUUCAUUUGAGGUCUGAUCUAGAAUUGAAUAAUUCCAAUGACAAUAUGGAACUCAUCGAUCAAACCAACGAUAUUGAACAACCGGAUAUGGCUGAAAAACUAUUCAAUAUUUUGAUUUUUAAAACUACGGACAUAAUAGAUUCCUCAAUACCUUUACAAUUUCAAUUGAACACUAUGAUAAUACCCAAUGACUAUCAUAAUAGCAAUAGUACAAAGAAAAUGUCAUCCAUCUUAAGCAAUGGUAUUGGCUCUAUGUUAAAUAUAUUAGGUAAUUCAAAUAACCAAAAAUUAUUCUCAAACGACUCUAUAGUUAGCACACGAAGAAAAUUAAAAGAUAUAACAAAUUCAUUAGAUAAUCUUCAAUCAUCUAUAAUAAUACCCAAUUUUUCAGAACUUUGCAGUCCUAUAAUAACUACCUGUAUUUCAGAAAAUAAAAAUACUUUGACCAUAGAAAAUUAUAGAUCAUUAUUCGAAGAUUUACACUCUGACACGACUAAGAUUAAUGACACGUCAUUUUUAAAUUCUGUUCAUAGCUCUGUUAAUAAGUGGAUUAAACUUACAAAAUUAUUGUUAAAAUCUGAAAGAAAUAUCAAUGAUGGAAAUUUUUUCGAUGAACUAAAUUAUUUUAAAAAUUUAAUCAAUGCCUUAAAUAUCACAAUAGAUCAAUUCCAAUCGUUGGAUUUACAAAUAUCAUUAAAUAUCUUAAUAGAUAAUGGACGAUUUAAUAACAAUCAAUUUUCUUCUUUGAAGUCUGAAUUAACCGAAAAAUUACAUUUAAUUCAAAGCUAUUCCAGUUUUUUAAAUGCUUUAAAUUUAUCAAAUAUUCAAAAUGUUUCAUCAUUGGAUGAUUUUCAAAUUGAAUUACAAUCUCUUUACAUUAAUAUAAAAAAGAUAAGAAAUCAAACCAAUUAUCCCCUGGCUAGAUUUAUUAAAUUAAUUGAUCAUCUAUAUAUACUUCUACUGGAUAAAUUUUUAUCAUUAAUACCAAAUAUUUUUGCAUCAACAUAUUCUAACAUAGAAUUGGAAAUACUCUUUUCCAAUAUUUUAGAAACAAUUAGAAUUUGGAAAAAUUAUAAUCAGGACCUUACUUUAAUAGUUCGUGAAUUAUUAAGAAAAAUAGUAAAUGAUAAUGAAAUGCCAAAUAUCUCCUUAUUAAAAUUCAAACCAAGCACUAUAAUGGAUAAAUUCGAAAAAACAAUAUUGGACAUAAAAAAACUAAUUAAAUUUAAUAUGGAUUUUUCCAAUUCAUUAUCUCGUUUAAUUAAUAUUGAAAGUAUCAAUAUUGAUGCACUUAUUGAGCCUUUCAUAUUAUUGGGUGAUAAUAUGAAAAACUUAAUUGAAAGCUGGAAAGUUUAUAAAAAGGAUUAUAAUCGACAUUUUGAAGUAAUAGAAAAUAGGAUUAUUGUUAUAAUGAAACAAGAUAUACAAGAUUCGAAAGAAAAAACAAAUCUAUUCGAUAGAUUUUUACGAUAUAGAGAUUUGUCAAAUUAUAGUACUAAAAUAAACUUAUCAUUAAUGGAUACCCGUGAUUUAUUGCUAGAUUCACUUGAACAUGAAUUCCAAAAAUUAAUGGAAAAAUACAAUACAUAUGAUCAAUUCCUUGAAUUAUCGACUGCCAUCAAUAACAAUCCUAAAAUCUUAUCUGAAAUCUCCUUUCUAUACCAAAUAAGUAAAAGAUCCAAAUAUUUACAAUCUCAUUUAGAAAUUGUAUUAGGCUAUAAUUGGAAAGAUUCACAUGAAGGCAAGAUAUUUAUCAUGAAAUUCCCUCUAAUUUUUCAAAUCAAUAAAUCAUAUUUACAAAAUAUUUUUGAAAAUUGGUUAAAUGAUUCAAUUAAUUAUAAUAAACUUAGUAAGAAUAAUUCAAUGAUAUCCUAUGAUGUUCCGUUACUCAAAAUUGUAAAAGAGAAAAAUAAUACUUUUGAUAUUGAUAUCAAUUUUAAUUUUGAUUGGUAUGAAAUUUUUAAUUGCAUUAGAGAUAUCUCUUUCUACGGAAUCACCGUUCCACAGGAACUUCCUGCAAAAAGAGAAACGUACAAUAAUAUUUUUUCGUACGCUAUUUCAAUUAGAGAACAAAUCCAGACCUUUUUCAUGGUAAUCGAAGAACUAAAUCUCAGAGAAUUUUGCAAGAUUAUCUUAAAUGAUAAAAUUGAGGAUGCAUGGAAUCAUUUAAAGAAGGCAUUAUUUAUAACAUGGGGUGAAAUUCAAGAACAUUCUAAAAAAUACUUUCUUUUAGAUGGAGCUCAUGAAUCAACCUAUGAGUUUUUUUUUUCUUUUGAAAGCUCAAUUGAAACUGUGGUAGAAUAUUUUCAGAUUUGGAGCCCAAUAGAAGAUCAAAUUUUUAUUAGUCUUCAAAAAUUAAUCUCAAUAGAUUUUCAACCAAAAUUGAUAGAUACUUAUUUAAAUGAAAUUCAAAAAAUAAUUGAUUCAAUUGAAAAUUAUGAUGCUUCUAAUUUGGAUAAAAUGAUAAACUAUUUAAAUGAAAAAAUUAUAAACUGCUUGAUGCAAAAACUAAAAUCAGAUCUUCAAAAUUUUAAACUAACGCCUAUAGAGGUGGAAUUACAGUUUGACGAGGGUACUGUUGUUUCCAAUAAGGAUAAUUUUUACAUAAAAAAUAAAUGGAUAAAUGAAGUUAAUACAAAAAUUCAUCAUAUAUCUAAUAUAAAGCUAAUUCACUUAACUAAUAAACCAAAAUCUCAUAGACUGUUAGUUACUAAUAUUCUUAAAAGCAUCAGACCAGAAUUUGAGUAUGCCUUGUCGCAAAUUCAGAAUAUUUCAUUAUCAUUUAAAUCGUCAAUUAAUACACUCAACAGAUAUUGCUUAGUAUAUUUGGCCACCAAACAAGAUCUUUUACAAAUUUUGAAUCAAGAUUUUAAAAAAUGUUAUGAUAUUCUAAAAGAUAAUUUUUUGUCGAAAACUAGAUUUUCCAAUUUUAUUGGAAAUUUAUCAUCUACACCACUAUUAAUUGUCAAAUAUAAACAAGUUCAGAUACUUCUGUUAAAACGAUAUGAAUAUUGGCAACAUAUUCUAUGUGAACAUUUAUUUUCUUUAUACACUAAACAAACAUCAGAAUUUUCUUCGAAAGUUAAUAAUUUGGCUUCCGAAUUAAGUUCAGUAAAGAUCGAGCUUUCUGACAUUACUAGUAUCACAUAUAUUUCAAAACAAGUUAUGUUUGUUGAAGAACAAAAUGCCCAUUUUCACAAUCAAUUAGAGACAAUCAGGAACUCAGAAUCAUUGUUUAAAACGCUUCAAUAUAAGUUACCAGAGGAUUUUUUGUAUUCGUCCAAACUUGUCAUAUAUCUAAGCAAUUUACGUAAGGUUACGAAAAAUCAAUCUGAUAUCUUAGUAAAAAAUAGAUCAAUUAUUGUAAAACUUGUUGAAGAUGAAUAUAAAAGACUUGAUUCCGCCUUGCGGAAUAUUUCAAAUGACUGGAAUAUUAAUAGGCCUUCUCCAGAUACAAUUUUGCCUGAUGAUGGGUUACAAAAAAUUUGUAACUAUGAACAGACAAUUAUUAAACUAAAUACUGAUUAUAAUGCAGUUCUGGAUUCAGCAAAACAAAUUUUGAUUCCCAUGAAACCCGAAUUUGAUUACCAUCCAAUUCUAAAAGCAAUUAUAAAUGCCAAAAAGGCAUGGUCAUAUUUGGAGUCUUUUUUUAAAGAGUAUAACUCGUUGAUAAACAUGACAUGGAAUUCACUAGAUAUUAAUUCAUCAAUACACUCGUUAGAAAAUCUAUUAGGGAAAAUUAACAUGCUAGAUAUUGAUGAUAAUAAUUUAUACAUAUUUGAUAAUUUAAAAUCAGAUAUUUUGCUUAUAUUACAAAAUAGUGAUGUACUUAUCCUAUUGACCGAUGAAUCUUUAAAGGACAGGCACUGGUCGACUAUUUUUUUUGAGCUCUCUGAUAGUACUUCUGUAACAGAUGAUCUUAUUAAUGAUUAUGCCUUUAAAUUUUAUGAUGUCAUCAGUUUAAAGCUAGACUUAAUAUUACCUGAGUUAAAUAUUAUCAUUGAACAAGCAAAAAAAGAAUUUACUUUAGAGAAAGUCUUAAAUAAAUUAAAAAAAUACUGGAAAUCUACUAAAUACGAUUUUUUAGAAUAUGAUAACGCUCUUAAAAUUGUUCAGAAUUGGGAGCUAUUAGAAGAACAUCUAAGUCAAGAUUUAGAAGAUUUAACUGCCAUGAAGAAUUCAACGUAUUACAAAAUAUUUGAGCAGGAUUGCUUAGAUUGGCAGAAUAAAUUAACUAGCCUAUCUAAUAUUCAUUCAAAUUGGAUUGAAUUUCAACUUUUAUGGAUCGAAUUGCAUUCAUUAUUCGACAAAAAUACUGAAAUCAAAACUAUUUUACCAUUAGAAUUAUCAAAAUUUGAAAGCAUUACUGCAGAUUUCAAAAUGUUAAUGGAAAGGAUAUACCAACUUCAUAAUGUUAUUGAUGUUAUAUUCAUUCCAAAUUGUCAUAACAUUAUAUUAAAAAUGCAUGAUUCUUUGACAAUUAUCAAACGGUCAUUAAUUGAGUACUUAGAAAAGGAAAGAACUAAAUACCCUAGGUUUUAUUUUCUUGGAAAUGCAGAUAUGCUUCAAGUUAUCAGUGCUGGGAAUGAUAUACGCCUUGUAUCGAAAUUUAUGCAGAGCAUAUUUGGAACAAUAAUUGAUCUUAUAGUAGAUGAUUCGGAAAUAUGUGGGGUAAUAUCAAAGGAGGGUGAACAUUUUCUUUUUAUUAAAUCAAUUCCAUUACAUGAUAUCCCACAAGCUGGCACUUACUUUAAAUUAAUUGAGGAUGCUAUAAAAAUUACUUUGAUUCAAAAAAUAGAACUUUAUUCUAAUAAGGGACAGAUUGAAAUCAACUUCUCUUCAUUGCUUCAAAAAGAAUCUUUCCAGGUAUGCCUGCUUCUCUUCCAAUUGUAUUGGACUAAUACAAUCGAAACGACAUUCUUGACUAAUGAUUUGCAAAGCACUCUUCUAGAACUUAAGAGCAUUAUGGAUUCUAUAGUUGCGCUAAGACAUCAAGACAGCCCUAUUUUACUUCAGAAGAUUAAGAAUUUCUUAAGUGAAUGCAUUUUUUAUUAUGAUUUAAUUAAAAAAAUUAAAGAACUUUCAAGUGAAGCAUUAAAACUGCUUGAAUGGAGCAAAGUUCCAAAAUACUAUUACAAUAGUGACUCUCAUUCUAUAUCUGUUCGUUUUGGAACGCAAAAUUUGAAUUAUGGCUAUUGCUACAUUGGUGUCCCUGAGCGAUUAAUAUAUACACCUUUAGUUCUUGAUGGAUUUGCAUCAAUGAUACAGAGUUUCUCACACAAUUUUGGUAGUUGUUUAUUUGGGCCUGCGGGUACCGGGAAAACUGAGACAGCAAAAAUGGUAAGUCAAAACCUAGGACGUCAAAUUAUUGUCUUUAAUUGUGAUGAAGCAUUUGAUUCACAAGCCAUUAAUAGAUUACUUUUAGGGAUAGGACAGAUCGGUGCUUGGGGAUGUUUUGAUGAAUUUAAUAGGUUAACCCCAAAUGUUUUAAGUGCUGUGUCUGGGUGUAUUGAAAUGAUUCAAGAUGCCCUGUCCCACAAUGGAGUAAUACAAAGUAGUGAUGGACAUAGCAGCUCUAUACAUCCUAAUUCAGGAAUUAUUAUAACCUUGAAUCCUUCAUACGCAGGUAGAUCGGAACUACCAGAAAAUUUGAGAAAAAAGUUUAUAGAAUUUUCAUUCCAGAAGCCUGACAAAGUUGUUAUUGCAGAGAACAUCCUAAGAAUUGAAGGAAUCAAUAAUAUUGAUAAUCUUGCGGCCAAUACUGUCUUGUUUCUAGACAAUAUGACAAAUGAUUGUACACCUCAAAAGCAUUAUGAUUUUGGCCUUCGUAGCUUAAAAAGUAUUAUCUCAACGUGUACUACAUUAUAUUCAGAACUCAAUGAUGUUAAUUUAGCACUAGUAUGCAGUUUACAAAGGAUAUUAUUGCCAAGAUUGACAAUUCAGGACACUGAAUGUUAUAACAAGAAUCUUAAUACCAUAUUUCCUCGAAAAAUUACCACAUUGCCAUUUCUAAAUGAUUUCUACCUAGAAUCUUUAAGAAAUUCUAUUUCAAAUUUUGUUCUUAGCACUUCUGAUGAAUUGGAAAUUAAGUGUCACCAAUUUAUAAAUAUUCAAGAAUCUCAAAAGGCUGUAAUUUGUACUGGACCUACUGGUGUGGGGAAAACUGCUACAAUAAAAGCCUCUCUAAUGGCCAUCGAAGAUGCUUCUGGAAUUACAAAUGAUGUAUUUACUAUCGAUACAAAGACUUUGAACAAAAAAGAAUUAUAUGGUUUUGUAAACCCGAUUACAUUAGAAUGGAAAGAUGGUUUAUUCACAUCUAUUGUAAGGAAAGCAUAUCAGGACAGUUAUUCUAAGGAUAUUCGUAAAAAUACUUGGAUUAUUUUUGAUAGUGAUAUUGAUCCAGAAUAUAUUGAAACAAUCAAUAGUGUUUUAGAUGACAAUCAUCUUCUAACUUUACCAACAGGUGAGCGAAUACCAAUUAUACCUAGCGUUCAUUUAAUAUUCGAAACAGAUAAUUUAGAUUUUGCAACUCCUGCAACAAUAUCUAGAUGUGGCGUUAUACUCUUUGAGAAGCAAAUCUUUACUUCAAUAAAUUUUCUUAAGAACUGUUACAUGUCGCAAAAACAAGAAUUUCAGUUGUUGCACUCCAAUGCAGAAGAUCUCAUUACUAACUUAGAAAAGAUAUUUUUCACUUUGAUUAAUGAAGAGACACUUCAAAAAUAUUUUGAUUUCAUUUCUAAUUACGCUCCCAUAAUGAGUUCUAACAGUCAAAGGAUAAUCAAGACUAUAGUAAGCUUAUAUUUUUCAUUUUUGAGCAAAUUUUGGUCACAGUUUCAGAAACAAUCUGACUCAGAUUUUGAAGAUUUAGUAUCUUUUUCCAUUUUACAAUUAAUAGUGUUGGGAUUUGUAGGUGAUUGCAAUACAUCCGAUCAAAAAAACUUUAUUUCUAAAAUACAACAAGCUGAACGAAAUAAUUGCAUUAAAUUUUGUGAAUUUGAAUCUCCAAUGGAGUGGACAUUAACUUCAAAUCCACUCAACUUGAGUCGUAUAGACGAUCUCAUCCAUAUAGAUUCACUAAAACCUCAAGAAAUUACGUCACCUAACAUAGUAAUAUCUACAGUAGAUACAUAUAAACACGAACAGAUUCUAACAUCUCUGAUUGAUUCUAACACUCCUGUAAUUUUGUGUGGCCCACCAGGUUCAGGUAAAACUAUGGUUAUCCAUAAUAUUAUAAAAAAAAAUAAUAACCUAGAACUAAUAUCAUUAAAUUUUUCCAAAGAUACUACAUUAGAACAUAUCCGUAAAACAUUAGAACGAAAUAUGAUCUAUUCUCAGACACCGACUGGAUAUUCACUAACUCCUAAGUCUUCAAUGAAAGACAUUGUUAUCUUUUGUGAUGAAAUUAAUCUUCCAAAAUUAGACAAAUAUGGUUCACAGCCAGCUAUUUUAUUUUUAAGGCAGCUAGUUGAGAAAAAUGGGUUUUGGAACACUGAAAAGAAUAAAUGGGUUAAUAUUGAACGUGUUCAUUUUAUUGGUGCAUGUAACCCUGAAUCAGAUGUUGGACGGCAGGAGCUCUCCCAAAGAUUCAUUAGACAUACGUGUGUUUUGUAUAUCGAUUACCCCACAGACAAAUCUUUAUUACAUAUCUACGGAACAUUUUAUGAUGCAGUUUUCCAGUUACUUCCAUUAUUGAGAAAUUUUUCCUCAGUUUUUUCCAAGGCGUCAGUGAUGCUGUUUGAACAAUAUAAACUAAAAUUUACCACAAAUAAAUAUAGCCAUUAUUUUUGUUCCCCAAGAGAAUUAACUAGAUGGGUGAAAGGUUUUUAUUUAGGAAUUAACAAUGGAUCUUUUCAAAGUCUCUCGAAUCUUGUCAGAAUGUGGGCACAUGAAGCUUGGAGAAUAUUUGCAGACAAACUUACAUCUAUCGAUGAAAAAACUUGUUUCCUUGAUCUCUUAAACUCAAUAGUAAUGCAGUUUUUCCCUGGACAGGUGUUCGGAAAUUUGGAUUCCUCUUCAUUACUAUUUUCUAAUUGGAUGUCCUUUGAGUAUAAAGAAGUGGAAUUAAAAGACCUAACUUCUUUUAUUAUGCAAAGAUUACAAAUAUACCUUGAGGAGGAAAUAUCUACACCUCUUAUUUUAUACAAAGAAUUGGUAGACCAUAUCUUACGCAUCAAUAGGGUGCUCCACCAAUAUCAAGGCCAUAUUAUGCUUGUAGGCCCCUACAGGACAGGUAAAAAAUCUGUUACUCGAUUUGUUGCAUGGUUAAAUGGAUUUACAAUAGUAGAGCCUGCAAUUCAUAAUUCUUAUUCCUUAGGGGAUUUUGAUGAAUUCUUAAAAGAUGUUUUACUCAGGUGUGCAAUUGAAGAGGAAACAGUUUGCUUGUUAGUAGACGAAUCUCAUAUCCUUCAUACAUCUUUCAUUGAAAGAAUAAACAAUUUACUAUCAAAUUCUGAUAUCCCUGAUCUUUUUCACGGUGAAGACUACGAUAAGUUGCUAAACAUUAUUGCUACCAAAACUCAAUCGUUAGGUUUAACAUUUUUUUCGGAUAAAGAAAUGUACGAAUGGUUUGUAAAUGAAACUGCCAAAAAUCUUCAUGUAGUAUUUACUUUGGAAAAUUUAAUGUAUGAUAAAGAGAACCAGUUGAGUUCACCGGCAUUACUAAACAGAUGUGUGAUAAAUUGGAUGAAUGAGUGGUCAAAUGAAACAAUGGUACAAAUAAUGCAAAAUAUGUUAGGUGACCUACCACUUGAUUUCACGAAGUAUACAAUUCCUAAAGAUAUUAGCUCUGAUCUUGUUAUUCUUAGAUCUACUUCUCUGAUAGAUGCUAUUUUUAAUAUUUUCUUAGUUAUCGAUCAUUGGUACCAUGAAACUCUAAACCUGUCUUUUAGAACAACUAAAUGCUUCUUAAGCAGUAUUACAGAUUUUAGAAAUAUGUUUAAUAAACAUUUCAUAGAAUUAGAGGACAAUCAGAGAUUUUUGAUCACUGGAUUAGAGAAACUAAAUGAAGCUGUUUUUAAAGUCCAAGAACUAAACAAUAUUCUAACAGAAAAACGUGAGGAAUUGGUACUUAAGGAGGAGGAAGCUAAAAAAACAUUAAAUUUAAUGUUACAUGAACAAAAUGAAGCUGAACGGAAACAAGAAGCAACAAUUGAAAUAAAAGAGAUUCUCACUGUCCGAGAGAAAGAAGUGCAAGCACGCCGUUCCAGGAUAUUACAAGAUCUAGAGAGUAUUCAACCAAUAAUCAAUGAGGCCCAACAAGGUGUGCAAAAUAUAAAAAAGCAGCACUUAAUCGAAAUUAGAUCAAUGAAUAAUCCUCCUCCAAUGAUUAAAUUUACCUUAGAAGCCGUCUGUUGGCUAUUAGGAUAUGGUCCGUUGUCCUGGAAAGAAGUGCAACAAAUAAUACGGAAGGAAGGCUUCAUUAGCAAUAUGGUAGAAUUUGAUACUAAAUCAUCCAUAUCUGCAGAAGUAGUAAAUCUAGUCAAAACAAACUAUUUGAACAAUGAACAAUUUACCUAUGAAAAUGUUCUUAGAGCAAGUAGGGCAUGUGGCCCCUUAUUCAAUUGGAUCACUGCUCAGGUAGAAUAUCACUUUAUUUUAAACAGUGUUGGCCCACUAAGGGAAGAAAUUAAUAUAGUUGAAUCUGAUAGAAGAGAGGCUCAAGCAAGACUACUUGCUGCCCAGGAAAUGAUUGAUGAAUUGGAAAUUAGCAUUGAAGAAUCGAAAUUAAAUUAUAGUGGCUUAAUAAGAGAUAUCGAGUUGAUAAAAGACAAGCUAAAAAAGACUGAACUCCAAUUAGAACGUGCUAAUUUGUUGGUUAGCAAUCUAACAUCUGAACGUGCUAGAUGGAAAAAGAGUUCUAUUUCAUUCACAUCAUCAAGAAAUAAGAUAGUUGGUAACUGUCUUUUAUCUUCAUUUUAUUGCAACUAUUGUUCUUCUUUGAACGAAAAAGAAAGAAAUAAUGCUUUAUUAUAUUUUAAGAAACUAUUAGAUUCUUUCGAAAUCAUAUAUGAACACAAUUUUGAAUUUGGAGAUCAUAAUAUUCAAUUUUCUAAUCGUAUUGAAUGGGUAGAAUUAGGGUUACCAAAUGAAGAUCUGUAUCUUGACAAUUUCCAAAUGCUGAUUAGCUGUAACAACACAUGUACCCCAUAUAUCAUAGAUCCAAAUAAUGAAAUUAUUUCUGUUUUACACAAUAUAUAUGGAGAAAAACUUGUGAUUUCUAGCUUUUUAGAGAAAAACUUUAUAUAUAAGGUUAAAAAUGCCGUUCAAUUUGGUCAAAUUAUUCUUAUCCAAGAUAGUGAAUAUUUUGAUCCAAUUAUAACUUCCCUAUUGAAUAAAGAAUUUAGAAGACAAAAUAGUAUAUCUACUAUUCUAAUUGAUGCUCAGAUAAUUGAUGUUUCAAAUGAUUUCAAAAUGAUAUUAUAUUCUACAGAUCCAAAUGGAAAAAUAUCGUCAUACUUGGAUUCAAGAGUUAAAUUAAUUAAUUUCAGUAUUAACAAAGCCAGUAUUGAAUCUAAAUCUUUGAGACUAACAAUUGAAUCGGAAGCUCCUGAAAUUCAAGAAAAGCGUGAAAAUAUUAUGAAACUAAAUGGUGAAUACAAAGUAAUCCUAGAGGAUUUAGAGGUACAACUUUUAAAAAGUAUACAAUCUACUGAAGGUAAUAUCUUGGAUGAUACUGAGUUGCUUGAAACUUUAGAGAGCUUAAAAGAGGAAGCUACAAUGAUCGAAGAUAAAUUACAAGAGACAAACGAUUUUAUGAUUCAGUCUACAAAGGUUACCAAUAAAUAUAUGAUAAUUAGUAAGCAUUGUUUUAGGGUCUAUGAAUUACUCGAUAAAUUAAUGGAAAGACAUUGGUUUUUAAAUAUAUCAAUUACUCAAUACUUGGAAUGCUUUGUUAACAUAUUUAAAGAAGAUACUUAUCAAUAUGAAGAAGAUACCUCACUAUCCAGAGUCGAAGUUCUACUGAAACGAUUCUACAUUACUGUUUAUGAAUUUUUCUCUCCAAUGUUACCACAAGAAUUAAAACUUGUAUUUGCAUGUGCUUUAAAUGCGUAUUAUAUCGAAUCUCAAAAUGUUAAUCCUCAAAAUACCUCGUUUGAAGAAUCAUUUAUUUCUAUAUUGAAAAGUAUCACUAGAAAUGAUAAUAAUACCAUUACUUUAGGGGAUCCUCAGUAUGAAAAUAAUGAAUUCCAUUUGAAAAAAUUAAUAAGGGAUUAUAACGAUGGGAGGUACCUUCUUGGAUUUGAAAGUUUCAUAAAUGACUUAUUUUCUAAUGAUCAACUCAAGAUCGAAAAAUUUAUCAAGACUAAUAAUUUGAUUGGUCUGGGUACAUAUCAAGAUGUUGAUGGCACAUUCCGCAUAGAAGAAGUUGCUCGUAAGGUAAAUAAAAAAUUGAUUAAAAUUCCAUUAGGAUCUGAAGAAAAUAUUUAUCAAAUUGAACAACAAAUAGCCAAGCUCCAAAAUUUAGCUUUAGGAAAAAACGAACUUGAAGAUAAUGAAAAUUUUGAUUGGCUAUUAUUAGAAAAUGUUCAGAUGUCUUUAAGAUGGUUCACGGAGGAAUUUUAUGAAAAGAUUCAAACAAUUAUAACCAACAAUGAACCAGGAGGGCAAAAUAACCAUCAAAUGAUUACCAAAGGAAAAAUAUUCUUUAGUUAUAAUUUGAAUGGUGAAAUUUUACCUGUUGAAGUAAUAAGAAAUUCAUACAAGAUUGUAUAUGAAAACAAAGAUUCAGUGCUGACUACGGUAAGAGAGCUUUGGGAAAUAUGCUUAGAGACAGAAUAUGGCAAAGAAAGGGACCAUCAAGACAAACAAGGUAAAUAUUCCAAUAAUUAUGAACAACGUAAUGACCAUAUUAUGAUUUUUGAAUACAUGAAAUUUUUCUUAUGCUGGUUUCAUUCUAUUUUAGUUGGCAAAUGCCAAUUAGCCCCUAUUGGAUUUACACGUAGGUACGAUUUUAAUCAAAGAGAUUUUCAAUGUGGGCUAAAUUAUUUACAAGAAUUCUUUGAUAAAGGGUACUAUACGGAAGGUACGAAUCGGAGCAGCCAUGAAAUACCGAAGACUCAUUGGGCUAGUAUCCAAUUAGAAACAAUAUGCUAUACUCUUGGCAGAAUAAUUUACGGUGGUAAAACUGAUAAUACGAGUGAUAUGAAAUCUGUAAUGGCAAUUUGUAGUGAAAUCAUAGGAAAUAACAUAAAGAAGUUAUUGAAGACUAUUUCUUCUAAUAGCAUUCCAAAGUCCAACCCCAAUUCUUCUGAUAACUUAAAAAUACCCUCCUACAACGAAGCUGAAAUAAUUCCUGGGGUCAGAAUCAAAUUGCACAGAUUCACAGCAGAGGCACAAAGAUCUGAAGAGAACUUCUCAGAUUCUCAAGAAGAAGGCGAAGAGGGCCCACUGAAGAGAUACUUGACAAAAGUCUUGGCUGACCUUAACCAAUCAUCCGUGGAACCAAACGAGUGGUUACUAAUGGAGAAAGAGGCAGUGCAACAAUAUGAGAAGUUAGCUGCCCAGAAAGUAUCUGAGGAGAUUUUGAGACUGAUUGAGUAG